AUGAAGGUGGUGGUGUGUUACGCCUAUGUUUUCUUCUUCGUGUUCCUCGCGGGCGCCGUGAAUGCGGCAUCAAGCGAGGAAACCCCGAGCGCCGGAAGCAACUCCACGGAGUUCAUACGCAAGUGUUGCGCCGCCACACUGUACCCGGGCCUCUGCUACACGUCCCUCUCCGGCUACGCCAACGAGGUCCAGCAGAGCACCGUCGAGCUCGCCCACGUCGCCGCCAAGGUCACCCUCGCCCGGCUUCGGUCCACCGCUUUCCACGUCGCAGCGCUCCGCCGCAGCGCCACCGGCCCCGAGCGGGGCGCCCUGCGCGACUGCUCUGAGCAGCUGGACGACGCUGCCGAGUGGGCGCGGAACACGGUCAAGGAGCUGAAGGGGCUGGCUGGGGCGGUAGGACCGAAGGUGGCGUCGCGGGUGUCCAACGCCCUGACGUGGAUGAGCGCGGCGCUGACGUGCGAGGAUACGUGCACGGACGGGUUGCUCAUGGUGGCGGCCGGCUCGGUGAAGGCCGACGUCUGCCACCGAGUGCGCAAGGUGGAGAAGUACACCAGCAACUCCCUGGCGCUCAUACACAGUCUCGGCUUCAACAGAUGA